UGCUUUCCCGACUUCGUCACGGGGAAUUCUCAGUCGCCUGAGGGAGCUCAGUUAAUAACUACCGUUGUCAAUUGGAACAAGAACGAUAGUGGAGCAGCCCAGUUCGCGAUUGCCGCUCAGAACCAUUUCGAACAGCUGAACAACGCCUCAGAUAGCGGGUACACGCCGCUAAUGUGCGCUGUAGCAGACGGAAAUUGGACGGCUACUGUAGCACUACUGUCGUUGGGAGCUCAACGUGACGCUGCAGACGCGAAUGGAAACACUUUGCUGCAUAUAGCCGCUGAGAGAGGCCAUGUGAUGAUACUUGAAGGACUGCUCAUGUUUCUGGGUAAUGAAGUAAAUCGCCCAAAUGCCGAUGGUGACAUGCCAAUGCACCUAGCGGCUCGUGGACAGCAUGCUGCCUGUCUCGAUAGACUGCUCAACACAAAUCACUUGCACAGCAAUAUUCAGAAUGUGUCCGGUGACAGUCCAAUGCACAUUGUAUGUGGUCUCCCCGAGUCGCCAACGAAAAUCGCUAUGGUUGGACGACUGCUUGCGAACGCUCGUCUUAAUCUUCACUUGUACAACGAAGAUGAGCUGACACCAGUACAUAUAGCGAUUUCAAAAGAUUACUACAAAACUAUGGAACUGAUCUUGCAAUCACGACCACAACAACUAAACGCUGAUACCGGCAAUGGCUUUCCACCGCUGCUUUUGGCUGCCUUCUAUGGACGCCGAAAGUGUACAGAAACUCUAAUCGAAGUCGGUUCUUGA